AUGUCCUCAUCAUCAUUAGCCUGGUUAUCUAAAUUAGAUACUGCUGAAACUCCAGAUAAAAAUUUAAGAAGAUCAUCAAUCAUUGGUACUAUUGGACCAAAAACUAAUAAUGUUGAAACUUUAGUCAGAUUAAGAAAAGCUGGUUUAAACAUUGUUAGAAUGAAUUUCUCUCACGGAUCUUAUGAAUACCACCAAAGUGUUGUUGAUAAUGCUAGAAAAUCCGAAGAAAUAUAUCCAGGUAGACCAUUAGCUAUUGCUUUAGAUACUAAAGGUCCAGAAAUUAGAACUGGUACUACUGUUGAUGAAAAAGAUUAUCCAAUUCCACCAAACCACGAAAUGACUUUCACUACUGAUGAUGCUUAUGCUAAAAAAUGUGAUGACAAAAUCAUGUUUUUAGAUUACAAAAAUAUCACCAAAGUUAUCACUCCAGGUAAAAUCAUUUAUAUUGAUGAUGGUGUUUUAUCAUUUGAAGUUUUAGAAGUUGUUGAUGAAAACACUUUAAAAGUUAAAUCCGUCAAUGCUGGUAAAAUCUGUUCUCAUAAAGGUGUUAACUUACCAGGUACUGACGUUGAUUUACCAGCUUUAAGUGAAAAAGAUAUCAACGAUAUCAAAUUCGGUAUUAAAAACAAAGUCCACAUGAUCUUUGCUUCAUUUAUCAGAACUGGUGAUGAUAUUUUACAAAUCAGAAAAGUUUUAGGUGAAGAAGGUAAAGAUAUCCAAAUUAUCGCUAAAAUUGAAAACCAACAAGGGGUUAACAAUUUCGAUGAAAUCUUAAAAGAAACUGAUGGUGUUAUGGUUGCCAGAGGUGAUUUAGGUAUUGAAAUUCCAGCUCCUCAAGUGUUUGUUGUUCAAAAACAAUUAAUUGCUAAAUGUAACUUAGCUGCUAAACCAGUUAUUUGUGCUACUCAAAUGUUAGAAUCAAUGACUUAUAACCCAAGACCAACUAGAGCUGAAGUUUCAGAUGUUGGUAAUGCUAUUUUAGAUGGUGCUGAUUGUGUUAUGUUAUCAGGUGAAACUGCCAAAGGUUCUUAUCCAUUUGAAGCUGUUUCAAUGAUGCACAAUACUGCUUUAAUUGCUGAAAAAGCUAUAAGUUAUUCAACUUUACAUAAUGAAUUAAGAUCUUUAGCUAUUAAACCAACUCCAACCAGUGAAACUUGUGCCGUUGCUGCUGUUUCUGCUGCUUAUGAACAAGAUGCUAAAGCUAUUGUUGUUUUAUCAACUUCAGGUUUAACUUCAAGAUUAGUUUCCAAAUAUAAGCCAAAUGUUCCAAUUAUGAUGGUUACCAGAAAUGAAAGAGCUGCUAGAUAUUGUCAUUUAUAUAGAGGUGUUUAUCCAUUUGUUUAUCCAAAAGAAAAAGUCGAAAACUGGCAAGAAGAUGUUGAAAACAGAUUAAGAUGGGCUGUUUCUGAAGCUAUUGAAUUAGGAAUUAUUAAAAAAGGUGAUUCCAUUGUUACUGUCCAAGGUUGGACUAGAGGUUCUGGUCACUCUAACACUGUUAGAAUUGUCCAAGCUUAG